AUGGAAAAGGGUCCCCAAUUAACACCCGUCGGGGAAAAAUCCCUACCUGCAAAAUGCAAAGCCGGCGCCGUGUCCUACUGUCCAACAAUGGACCUGAUCGCGCUAGCGACCGAAGACGAAGAAUUACGCGUCUUCCGCUUGAACGGACAGCGCGUAUUCGGGGGUUCAUUCGGUGGUGAUCCGUAUCUUGGCGAGGACGAAGAGGACGGCGAGAUUCGAGGGAUGGCGUGGAAGGGGAAUGGCCGUCUUCUCGCUGUCGCUUGCGGGGACAACACUCUCCGCAUUAUUAGCUCUUAUAGCGGCAAGACCGUUCACCACUAUGACACCUACAAGUCCACCAGCGAGGAUUCUAAGGACGUACCCUCACAGCAGCAGCCUGUCCCAAAGGCAACAUGUCUAGGCUGGGGCAUGAAUUUCACGGAUAGCAAAGCAGCACAGCGACAUCUCUUCGAGUCAGCGGGCCAGAUCAGCGUCGAUGACCUCCUCUCGCCGGGAAUCCAUCCAUCAAAAGCGGCAGCUGUGCUGAAGGCUGAUUUACCGCGUGAACUUGCGCUUCUGGAUGUUGAGGGCUCGUUGCCGAAAUUGAGUACGCUUCCUGCUACGGGUGGUGAGGAUGAUGUUUUUAGUUCGAGGGCUUCGCUUGAUGCUAUUUUUCAUUCUGGGAGGGAUACUAAUGACUCGGUGGAUGUUCUUUCCGUUGGAUUUGAUGAUGGGAGCGUGCAUCUCCGGAUCUUUGAUUGUUUUGAGAUUGGGUCGUUCCUUGUUGGGCGAAUGCCUGGUGUUGCGGGUUCUUGCUCGGUUUUGAGACAUGCUUCUCAUCCGCUGAGUUCUACGCAUGCGCUUUUGGCUUCGGCUAUUGAUGGUGGUGGUGAUGAGAGGACUCUUGAGCUUGUUACGUUGGAUCUGCGAUUCAUUACCAAGUCUGGGAGGUAUUUGUCUCUGCUGGCUUCGAAGACUACCCAGCUUCAGAAUUUGCUGCGGUAUGUUGGGCAGGUGCAGCGGCAGAUUGAGCUGGAGUGGAAGAAUGCGCAGGAACUUCCUGCGCGGUUCCUACGCAGUGUUAAUGAGGACUUGCAAGAGAAGUGUCAGUGUGAUUUCAUCACUGCUAUCUAUCAUCUUGUUGUUACUGGUCAUUGCUAUGAGCCGAUGAAGGAGUUCCUCGUUGAUAUUGUCGGGGAGAGGGGACACAAGCGAUGGGACAAGGCUGUUGCAGGCGGUUACGAAAACAUCCGCCGGUUGACGCACGAGUGUCUUCUUCCCGCCCUCGAACGCAGUCAGGUACUGCUCAGUCGACUGGUUGGGCUGUCCAAAUUCCACAAGCUUAGUGAUGUCCUCGGACUGGAUACGCCCAAGCUAAACGCUAUUGUGGAAACACUCGACUGCCUCCACCUCCUCGCUCACCAGGUCCUCAUCCAUGCCAAUGACGAACUUGAUCAGUUCGGUGCUUUCUCUAGGUGGUUCCGCCAUGAAAUCAAUAUCCUUAACAGCGAGCCUCUAUCGCAGACCCUAGAAGAGUUGCAAGAUAAAAGGGAUCUAUUCGACGUCCCUCCCACUGUCAAAUACAUCACCGGUGCAUUGACAAAGAGUGCGCUGCGCAACUUCAUCCGCCAGCUCCCCAUGAUGGGACCUCCUCCCCCUUCCUCUGAUAAGUGGCUUCCUCUACCAGACGGGCAUGACAGUUCAUUCUACGAUGGGUUCAAGUCUCUCCUCCAGCAACAGCGGGUGGCCCAGGAAAAGGGAGGUGACGGUACCUCGAUCGACGCACCCAAACUCAACGAUUUGACCAGGCGUUUGGGUGUACAAUUCGAAAAAGUCUUUGGAGAUAUCGCCUUGACUCAACGAAGAGGCAUUCUACACCGCUCGCCUCUCACUCUUCACUCUGACUGUGACCAGGGAGUUAUUGAUCUUACUGUCUGCUACGAGGACCUGGAGGAAGGCCAUCCCUGUUCUAUCUACGUUGCUACCAGGUCAACAAUGUCAAAGUACCAAGCCUACAUUUACCGAGUUGUCCUCGACUCGAUUGGCGGCGUCAGCUCCACAAGAAGCACAUCAAUUGCAACCAUCAGCCUCGAAGAAGGAACAAUCCGCCAACUCCAAUUUGUUGCCGACCACACCCUAAUGAUCCUCUGGACAAACAGCAGUAAAUUCCUCAUCCCUCAAAUUCACGAAUCUAAUCUAACAAUUGAAAUAGGGGGAUCCCACCUGCUCAGCUUCCCCUUCCAACCCUUAUCCGCACAACAAGCCCCACCACCUUUAAACCUCGACUACAUAGAGUGUGAAACCACACCAUCCUCCCCAAAACCCUCUACACCAGCUACAAAACUCGAUCUGUCAGACUCAUCUCCUCAUGCGGAGGUACUGAAACAUAUCUUUGCUUCUACUGGACCAAAAGCAAAGCCUGUGCAUGUUGAUGUUAACGGGAGGAAGGGGAGACGUGCUGUCUGUGCUCUGUAUGGGGAUGCUAUGCGAUAUGAAGUGUUGGAUUUGGAUGCUGCCAUUGAUGAGGAUGAGGAUGAGGAGGGAGAGGAAAUGGGCAGUGAGGAGGAAGAAGAAGAAGAAGAAGAAGAAGAAGUUGAUACUGAGAAUUAG